AUUUCUGACACUACAUUUCCCAGGAGCCACCCGGAUGACGUCAGCGUGUGAGUGACAGGUGUGUGGACGAAUCCGCUUCCGCUUCUUCGUCAGUGUGGGCGACCACGGAACUUCAAACUUCUGUGCGGCUGCGCAGUACACUACUGUGCUCACAGCUGUUUACACUGACCCCCUGAGAGAGUAAAUGCAGAGGUUGAACAAAUCAGCCCUCAUUCAGAAAUGGAGACCAUACUAAAGAUAGGAAGGUAGACGCCCAGUAAACUUCCUUUUUACCGCCUCAAGAAGAUAUACAGAGUACACCACAUUUUCACCAACACUGACGUUGGUGCCUUCAAGUCCUCUACAGCUGUGCCAUACACAUCUCACUACCUGAAGUCUUCAGCAUGUAUCAAAUUGUCCCGGUGGCUCCCGGGGAGCAGCAGUUGCCUGGAGAAGCUGGUGGCUCUCCCCUGAAGAAGAAACUGGCUAAUGAAGGCCGCCCUCUGGUCAUAGCAGGUAUGUUGGGCUGUGUGUUGGUGCUGGCUGCUGUGGUUGCCUGGUGCUACUACUCAGCCUCCCUUCGUAAAGCACAUCUACUGAAGGCUGAGCUGUUGGACCUCAAUAAAGACGGAUUCAUCAUUCGCAACCAGGCAGGGGCCAUCCUCUUUAGCAUGGCUUUCAGAUCUGGAACUCUGGAUCUGGACUCCUGCUCAAAGGAGGGGAAUAUUCUGAGCUGCACUCAGUCAGAUUCUGGCAAACUAAACUUCUUUAUCCAAACGGUUCGACUAAAGGACACAGUGAUGUGUUACCGUGUUCGCUGGGAGGAGCUCCAAGAAAAGCAGUUGGUGGAGCAUGCCAUGGCCUACAAUGACUCACAUUGGUAUGGAGGGGCGGAGACAGCCACACAAUACUGGCCAAUCAAGACCCAGGGUGAGGAGGAACCACAGCCCUUCAUCACCAGCGAUGUGUACUCGAAUCGUAAAGCUUUUGGGGGAUUCUUGGAGCGCUAUUGGCUGUCUUCUAAUGCCACUGCCAUCAAGAUUAAUGACACAGUACCGUUUCAUCUGGGCUGGUCAGAGAAGGACAGGACUCUCAGGUUCCAGGCCCGAUACGAGGACUCUCCCUUCAGACCACCUGAGGGUCAGCCUGCCUUUCCUGAACUCAGCUAUAGAGUGUGUGUGGGGUCGGAUGUUACCUCUAUUCACAAAUACAUGGUGCGCCGGUAUUUCCCAAAGCCCAUCAAGGUCCCGUCUCAUGAAGUGUUCAAGAAACCCUUGUGGUCCACAUGGGCACUCUACAAGACAGCUGUGACUCAGGAGAAACUGCUGCGCUUUGCCUCUGACAUCACCAAACAUGGCUUCACAUGCUCCCACCUGGAGCUGGACGACCGCUACACUGCCGAUUAUGGAGAGUUUGACUUUGACCCACAGAAGUUCCCUAAUGCCAGCGGUAUGUUUGAAAAGCUCAGAGAGGACGGGUUUCAAGUGUCACUCUGGACACAUCCUUUCAUUAACUAUGACUCCAUUAAUUUUGGUGUUGCUGUGGAGAAAGGACUGUUUGUACGGGAGCCGAGCGGUGGGCUGCCGGCUCUGGUUCGCUGGUGGAACGGCAUCGGAGGAAUCUUGGAUUUUACUAACCCAGAAGCCCGUGAGUGGUACUCCUCACAUCUUCGUAUGCUCAAAAGUCGCUAUGACGUGACGUCCUUCAAGUUUGAUGCAGGAGAGACAAGCUACCUCCCUCGCCAGUUUAGCACCCUGACACCGUUGUCUGACCCCUCCACCUUCACCCGCCGCUACACUGAGAUGGCCAUACCGUUCAGUGAGCGGGCAGAGCUAAGGGUGGGUUACCAGAGUCAGAACAUCUCCUGCUUCAGCCGGAUCAUUGAUCGAGACUCUGUGUGGGGAUAUGAACUCGGCCUCAAGUCCAUCAUCCCCACUGUUCUGACCAUCAGCAUCCUAGGCUACCAGUUUGUUUUACCUGAUAUGAUAGGAGGGAAUGCUUACCCUAACCGCACCACAGGUGCUUUAGAUGGCAAAAAUGGUCUGCCAGACAGAGAGCUGUAUAUACGAUGGCUGGAGCUGUCUGCUUUUAUGCCUGCCAUGCAGUUUUCUAUACCACCAUGGGCUUAUGACAAAGAGGUGGUAGAGAUUGCACAGAAGUUCACAGAGCUCCAUGAGACUCUUGUGGCUCCACGGGUGCUGGAGCUGGCAGGCGAGGUUCUCGACACGGGAGACCCAAUCAUACGACCCCUCUGGUGGAUUGCCAAUGAAGACGAGGCUGCAUACAAGAUUGACUCCCAGUUCCUGAUUGGGGACGACCUGAUGGUGGCGCCAGUGUUAGAGCCGGGGAAGCAGGAGAGGGAUAUUUACCUGCCCGCAGGACGAUGGAGAAGUUACAAGGGGGAACAUUUUGAUAAGGGCCCCAUGUACCUUACUGAUUACCCUGUGGACCUGGAUGAGAUAGCUUUCUUUACAUGGGUUCACUAAGACACUUGAUAGCUACACCAACAUGCACACCCAUACUUUAUCCUCAUGUACAUCCUUAUGAGCACAUGUGCCAAGAAAUGGAGGGGCGUUUUUGCUUUUUUAAAGGGAAAUGACCACUAGGAAUCUGCUGCCAAAGCAGAAUGUGAUUUUAAACAUUAACCUCAUGUCUCGUCUGACCUGCUGAACCUUUAUGUACUUAUAAACUAGUGCCUGCAGAUUUUAACCGGCCGUCCAAAGAAUUAGGGCGAAACUUGUUUUCACGUCUGAUUCUCUUGUUCCAUCCUUAAAAAGAUCAUCAUCCUCAUGUGCCUUCCACAGCGAAUAGCAAAACCGAUCUGAUUGUAUCGUCACCGCAGUAUUCCACCGAGUAAAUGUUUAGAUAACAAAUUUUCUCCCCAUAGCUAGAAAAAAUAACCAAUAUGUGUCCUCAUUGAUGCUUGAUGGGGUUGGGCAACAAACUGGCAAUACAUAUGCACUCAGAGGGCAUGCCGAACCUUAUCUCACCAUGGCAAACUGCUGAAUCACAGAAAAUCUUUGAAGUACCUGACUAUGUUAAAGUUCAAUGCAUUGAUCUGCUUUGCACUGACAAUGACUCUUAUGUCAUUUGUUGUUUGCUUGCUGUUUAUAUUUGUUAACCUUUUUUAGAUUUGUGGUUAAUAUUCUAGUGAAUGUACAGUAUAUUAAUGUAACGCCGGUUUUAAAUUUGGGCUGCUUUCAUGGUCAACAGCCUCUUUAUUUUAACAUUCCUUAGCCUGUAGUGCCAUCCUGUCAUUUUCCUUGCCGAACUCUUAUCUACUGCUGUAAGCUUUUACACAUCUGCACAGUAAAGUCACAGCUCAGGGUAGAUUUAAAGGAAUACAUUUGCUAUGCUGGAAUUCUGUUGAUCCAUAAGAUGUAGAAUUAACUCUCUUAUGCUACUGAUUUGCCUCAUAAAAGAAGUCUUGUGUGCUAUGAUGACAUGUUUAAAGUGCCAUCCAUUUCUGCCUUGUGUCUUAAUUUGCCUUAUCAGCUGAUCUAGCACAGAUACAAAGACAGUGAUAUAGCUGAUGCUUUGCACCUUUAAAAUACUGUUAAGGUGUAGUUUAAUUCUAAAAUGAGACACGAGCCAUCUGAAUAUAUGUCUGUCUGCUCCUACACAGUGAUUACUGGCAUGAGAGUAAAGCACACUACAGGCUGAGCCGUCUGAACACCUUGCUUGAAAAUAAACCUAUGACGUAAGCUAGAAUCAGUCAUGUUUUUUAAAUGUAUAAUUUGUAACAGCUUUGGUCAUGUCAUCCAGUUGUUUGGUUUUGAUGUAUCAAUUAAAUAAUGUUGCUGUA